CUCGAGCCAGGUGGGGAGGGUCGGACGGGGCCAGGAGGAGGGCAACACUUCCCUUCCCUUGGCACCUCCCAGGAGGACGUGCGCAUUCUUCCUCCUCGCCUCUUUUUUUAUGGUUCAAAUACCAAUCUCUCGUCCACAGACCUCCUGCAGGGCAACAGGCCCGACCAAACCCUGGGGAGAAGGCGGCCGCGCGCGCGCCCGGCGGCGGCGGCGGCCCGUCGGGCCGGGGCCUCGGCGGCGCGCGCCAGGCCCGGACAGGCCGGCGCUGGCCCAGUCGGCGCGCCGCCGCCAGGGGAGACCUGCCCUCCCGCCGCCCGCUGCUGGAUGCAGGACCCGGCGCCCGACGGCGACGUGGAGUUCGCGCCCUACGGCGAUGAGAGCGACAUGGCGGGGAUCGUGGAGUUGAUGGAGAAGGACCUGUCUGAGCCCUACUCGAUCUUCACGUACCGGUACUUCAUCUACAACUGGCCCGAAUUGUGCAUCCUCACAAAGAAGGACGGCAGGUGCGUGGGGGCCGUGGUCGGCAAGCUCGACGUGCACAAGUCGCGGGGCACGCACCGGGGGUACCUUGCCAUGCUGGCGGUGGACAAGGGGCUGCGAGGCCGCGGGGUCGGGACGAGGCUGGUGCAGCUGUGCCUGGACCGCAUGAGGGAGACGGGGGCCGACGAGUGCGUGCUGGAGACCGAGGUGACCAACCUCGGCGCGCUGUCAUUGUAUCGGAACAUGGGCUUCGUGAAGGAGAAGCGGCUGCACAAGU